AUUCACUUAAAACUUUCACAUUUGCUUCAUCUUAUAUAAAUCCAAUCACUGACUACUCCUAUCAAAUAUAAAAACUCAAUAAUUCAUUCCAAAACUCUCAUCAACAUGUGGAUGGACAAGUUCUUCUUGAUCCUUCUUUCAGUUGUAUGCAUUGCCGUGUUCGUUACAGCUCAACCCUUGCCGUCACCGCAACCUUUCCAAGUAGAUUGUUGGUCAUCACUAGAAAUGAUUCCCGACUGUGUACCCGAAAUAUUCCGGUCCAUAACAAACGGACAAUUCGGGAACGUGGGACCUUCUUGCUGCCAUGCCCUUUUGGGUCUCCAUGCUGAUUGCAUCCCUCAGAUGUUUAUCUUUGCUCCCCUCUUCCCUCCUUCUCGCAGACUCAGGGAUCAUCAUUGUUCCCAGACAGUAAUUGUGACAUAAACCCUUUUGAGACUUCGUUUCAAGAAGUUUUUAGUAUUAAACAUGUUUUAUGCUUUUAUAAUGUGCUAAUAAUUAGCAGAACUAUGUUUCUGCUUUCUCUAUCAGAUAUCAAUAUUAACUUCCAUGUAAACACUCUAUAUAUAUUCAUGCUAUGUGAUAUGCCUUUCUCUUUGUA